UUUGUAAACAAACAAAUACAGGCACCGGCAUGGCAUUGAACGUGAAUUUUCUAAAGUUUCAUACUAAAAAUGCAUCAGAAACAUUCUUAUUUUAUGUUUUUAUCAUCGGAGGAUUGUUUCUUGUGUGGUAUGAAGCUUUUCACAUUCUUCCAUACUAUGUCAACAAAGGUACAACGAAUAACCCAAACUUUCAUUUGUUUUUCGCUGUGUGGUUUGCUGUGAAUAUUUUUGGAAACAUGUAUAAAAUGGUAUCAAUAGAUAUUACAGGAAGACAUAUCAUUUCUCCGACUGGAGAUGCACCGAAAGGCUGGAAAUACUGUCCGGAAUGUGUGAAGAACCGGCCGGAAAGAUCGCAUCACUGCCCACUCUGUGAUGUUUGUGUUCUGAAAAGAGACCAUCACUGUUUCUUCGCCGGUUACUGUGUUGGUUACCAUAAUCACCGUUAUUACGUUGCCAUGGUUUUCUAUAUAUCUGUUGCAGCUAUUUAUGGAAACAUUUUCAAUUUUGAAUUUGUACGUGACGUGAAAGGAGAACUUGGUAUUUGGGGGAUACUUUCUUUCCUCCUCCCACACGUUGGUUUUCUCCUCGGAGGGGACGAUUUCUACGUUACUGGAAUAACAAUGCUGACAUUCAUUGGAUUUUUAUUGCUCAUCUUGUUUCUAUGGUUACUUGGUAUUCAAAUAAAUCAAAUAUUGAAAGGACAAACGAAAUUUGAAGCAAAGAAAGGAAUCACUACAUAUAGUGUUGGACUGAAGAGAGUUUUGAGGGAAAUCGGUGGUAAAAACUGGUUCCUUAUUUUGCUGAAUCCAUGGAUACCGUCUGAUUUACCAGGAGAUGGAACUUCAUUUGAAAAAAAUGAGACAAAAACGUUAUAAUCGUCAUGACUGAGACUAUGGUAACAUGUGAAAUAUAUACUGACAGCCUCAAGAGAUGUUAAUCUGGUGCCUUUUGGGUUUAUAAAUAAAAAAAGAAAUCCGUGGUAUUUUGUGUGUGUGCAGCAAUUCAAGUUAUACUAAUGAUUAUAGUUGUAUGUUUUAAAAGCAAUCAAUUUACAUGGCAGUGCUUAUUUGUGAAAGGUUAAUUUAUUUUUGUAUACAUUUUGUAUUUCGUUUGUGCAUGCAUAUGUGUUUAGUUUUUCAUUGAAAUACAUAUAGAAAGAUAAUUAUUUUAGUGUAUGAUCAUUUAUGACUAUACAUUCUUAAACAGUAUUAAUACCCAGUAAUUUAGCUACUGACUGAUUCAGAUAGAAAGUUUCCUUUUGAUUAUGUCAUAAUACAUUGUACAUUUUAAUACAGACCAUGUGACCAUGGUGAGUGUGUCAACAGAUUGAAGGUUUUCAGAAAACAAGUUCCCCGUUUUUACACGUCUUCAAGAUUGAUUGGGGAUUGCUUACACGUCUUGAAGAUAUGAGAAUUUGAAUGGAGCAUAUAGAAAAGAGAAUUAUGUGCAAAAUCUACAAACAAGACAAUCAAUUAAAAAAAUAUCUGAAUGUAUGAUAUGAAAAUAUAGUUUAAAAUAACAGGGUACUAAAAUGCAUGACUGUUAACAUGGUAAUAAUAAAUAAAAAUAUAAAGAAUACCGAAAAAUUACAUGAAAAAAAGAGGAGUACAGAAGUAAAGGACCAUAUAGACCCUCAGAUAUGACUCUUUCAUGUCUUUAAUCUACCCCUAUAGUACAGUAUUUGUUCCCUCUCUAAACACUGAAUGGUAAUAUUCUUUUACACAGCAUAUACAUGUAGGUGUAUUUGCCAUGGACCCCUUAAUGGAAAUCUUAACUCGGUAACUCACAAGCGGGAGAAAAGAAGACGCGAUUGCAGUAACGACAAUUGCAACAUCCGUUGUAUUCUCUGAAUCAAAUAUUCCAUAACGGACAUUUGGUUCAAACAAUUAAAGCACGGGGUACUAGAUCUGUAGUGAUGAAUU